AAGAGUUGCGAAUUAAAGGGCUUUGUUUUUGUCCGUUGUUGUGAAUAAUAACCAAAAAAUAAAUGCAAUUGUGGAGAUAAUCCUGGAAAUGAUUGUAUUCAAUUGGUUUUCCUUCUUCUGAAUUCUGAGGAUCGUAGACUUCACAUCUAAUUUUACGAUUUCAAGGUUGUCAUGGAGGUAGGCGUAAAUUAAUUGGAGUUUUCAAGAGAUUAAUCGUCAAUAAUGACUAAACAACUGCAUAAUAUUCCCAGGCAAUGGAGCCCACAUAUUUAAAUCUGCACUGCCAUUUGAGUUUCGUUGAAAAACCAAGGUUACACAUAGGUGUAUUGCUUGGAUUACCAAUAGCACAUUAAAAUUUCACCUCUCAGACAUAAAAUGAAUAUGAACAUACCAUCCAAUCAAAAAGAUAAUAAACAGCAGUCUUACAAUCCUGGAAUUCAGGAAUAUGCUGGAAAUAGGUUAUAUCCAACUAAGAAAUCUGAAACUAUGCACGAUCAAUACAGUGACUUUCCGAAAAGAAAGGAAGCAUUUACACAACCUACAGAAUUGUCUUCAAGUCAAGGAACAUUGUACUCGGUAUCUCAAAGGGUUCCAGCUGUAAAUACCAGCUGUUCGAGUAUCUGUAAUGGUGAUUUGGCUUGUGGUCAUGAUCCUAAAGGACAUGCCAAUGAAUGGGAACAGGAAGAAACAUCAAAUGAAGGACAAAAAGAAAUCGUGACUGAGGGGCUCUCAGAGAAGCAUAUAUCUGAGUCAAGCACGUCUGCGUCGGUACCAAGUCUGACGGUAAGCUGUGCAGCUGCCAGUAGCCACAGUGUGGCAAAUGACGUUCGUCAGGGUCCGGUUAUGACUAUCUGCGUUUACCUCCACAACAAGACCGCCAUCAUGAUGGAAAUUGAGGAUGCACCCUCUGCAACUGUCGACACUAUAUGCCAGGCCAUUAUAAAUUGCGACGAGCUAGGACUCAGCAAACAUAUCGCCUGUCAAGUGUUCACUUUGUGGAUGGUCAGCCCUAUUCUAGAGCUGCAGCUGAAAAAAAACCAGAAGCCCUAUGAGAUAAGAAAGAAGUGGCGUUCUCUUGUAGAACAUUACAGUCACGCCUCCUAUAAUAAACAAGAAAGGGAUGAACCGAAACUCAUGUUCCAGAGGAAUGUCUUCUUUCCUCUCGCUGUGGAGGAGAAAAUCAAGGAUCCGAAGAUUCUAGAACUGCUGUACGAGGAAGCGAAAAACAACAUAAUCAAUGCGAGAUACCCAUGCGAAGUCGCACACUACAUAAUGCUGGGUGGGGUCCAGGCGCACAUAGACCUUGGGCCGUACAAUCCUCAGGUACACUCCACCCACUACUUCAGAGAAGAACAACACAAAUAUCUACCAAUUCACGUCAGGAAGAGCGCCACCUGGGCCUGGCUUCCGAUGAGCUACAAGAACUCGCCGGAGGUUAGACUUUUGGAGCACUACAAGCGCGUCCCGUCCUCCGCCACCAACAGGAAGCUGAUGAAGAAGUAUCUGGAAUUCUGUUGGACUUUGCCGUUUUACGGGGCGGCGUUUUUUGAAGGGCAGAUAGAGCAACCUGUGCGUACUCUGACGUCUCUCAUUACCUACCACGAUCUGCCAGUGCUUGUGGCCAUUAACGCUACGAGCGUUUACGUCAUAGACGAUGUCGAAUGUACUGUUUUGCUCGGCCUUCGAUAUGAAGAUCUCAGCUGGGAGUUCGCUAGACCAUCAAGAGAGGACGAUCCAAACUGUUUCCCAUGCCUUUUUCUGCAAUUCAUGGUGGUCGAGAACGGUACCAGAGUGUCGAAGAUACUCCAGGUCUUUUCCAGACAAGCGCAUCUUAUGGAUGGUUUGAUUGGACAAUUCGUCAACAGAAUCAAGCAGAAAACUAAUGAUGAGGCUGACAACAAAGCGUCAUCUGAUUAUCAUGUGAAUAAUGAAAAUGACAACCGUCCCAUUGUGAACUAUCCAAAUUCAACACAGACAAUUUCUUCUUUGUCAAAUAAGUUGAGCAGACUUACCUUGGCAACAUUUGAUGAGAAUGGUCAUUGUAUUGGACAUAUGGGGUCGUGGUCAUACAUUUACUGAAUUCAGAGGAUAACACUGAAUUGCAAUUCUAGUUCAGAUAUUGGUUUCAUAAAACGCAGUACCCAAUUUUUUUGGUAUGACCAGCAAAACUUCAAUUUUAUCAAUUUGAGUUGAAUUAUGAAUGAAUCUUCUAGUCUUUGUACCUGAAUUAUUUGAUUAUGACUUUUGUUCCAUUUAUUGUUUUUAUGAAUUAGUUAUAUUCGGAAAACGUUGUUGCUUUUGUUAUUGUUGAGCUUAAAAUUUAAUUUUAUUUUUUUAUCUUUGUAGAAACAAAUGAAUUUAAUAUACUCACAUUUCAAUAUCGAAUAAUAUUAAUAAUCGCAAACGUUGAUUGAAGUGUUAGUUAACUAAUACAUUUAUCAGCGAUGCAAAUGAAUAUAUCGAAUUAUCUUAUUGUUCCUUUGGUAUUUUGAGAGACAUUCCAGAAGUUUUUAUUCUACUACCAUUCGUGAUUGACAUAACCUGCAUUUAAUAACCAAAGAUUUUAUAUUAUUUUCGUUGUAAUGAUUUUAACAGAAUAAAAAUAUAAAUUUUU